AUGUUGGAAUACAAUACAUCAAAGCUAGCUGAUGAUGGUGACGACAACGCUCUUUUUACUCAGCAACAACAACAAAGACGUCUCGACGAUACCACUUAUCAACCCCUCGACGAGAUUCAGCUCACUCGUGAUUUCCGCGCUUCGCUGAUCCUCACUCAACUUGGUCACCUUGAUCCAUUACCGCCGUCGUCGUCGUCAACAUCGAGUCCACAAGUCGCCAAUGAAGCCGUCAAGAGCCAUUCAGUACACAACACCACCCCACCGCUAUCGCCAUCGUCGUCCACAUCAGAGGUGCGUGGUGGUGGCUCCAACAGCAGUCGAAGCAACAGUGAGAUCGUAGCAGGCGUACCAUCAGUAGCCACAACAACGGUAGUCGCCCCAAAACAGCAACCAACGAACACUAUGAAGGGGGAGGUGGUUGAUUUCCAUGAUAUUACUUCGGGUCCACCCAUUAUCCCAAUGGCCAAGCCUCCACCAAAGAAGACCAAGGAACCGCCUUUUUCGGCUAGCAAAGGCAAAUCUAUCUUUGAAUCAGAUGACGAAGAUCUUUCGGACGAGGACAUCUUUUUCAAGGACUUUUCACGUGGCAUCCGUUCUUCUCGUCUUGUCAUUGAAAAGUAUUCCAACACCAACAACAACAACAAUGGAUCUUCUUCUCUCUCUCAACGCAAGACGAGAUACAGCAAAUUUGAUCUUGCAGCAUUCGCCCAUCACUUGCACGAGAAUCGAUUAUCGGUCAUGCAACUACGUGAAAGCAAUAUCCAGUUAUCACAAGAAGAUGAACUCGAGCUGUUGCGAUUGUUGAAAAAGAGGAAAAGCAUGGCAGUAAGCAUGGCAACCAACGAAGACAACAAUGACACCAAUGACCCUGAAUCAUCAUCUGUUGUAUCACCACCACCACCACCAUCAUUACCAUCUCCUAUCAACAAUGAAAAUAUACCCGAACGACCAAUAACCAAAAAGCCUUCGCUUUUGUUACGCAAGAUGCAUCACAUGGAUGAUGAGGAGAUCCAACGUCGAAAGUCUGUGCGUAAAUCCCUGAGCAUGGAUGCCAUUCAUCAUGUCACAGCUUUGUAUGAUACUCCAACGCCACCAUCACCACAACCUGUACGAUCCCCUUCCACACAAAAAUCCUUGUUAAACGAACCAUCCACAACACCAUCACGUUCCACCCCAUCAUUGUUUGCCAGUGAACAACCAAAACAGCGUCAUCAGCAGCAACAACAACAUGUUCAACCUGAUACAACAGAGCCAACAACAUCAUCCGCUCCCUCAUCGUCAUCAUCAUCAUCACGUAGCCGAUCAAUUGGGCUCUUUGGCAGCUUACGACAAGCCAAAAAGGCAGCUCCUUUUCGUGGAUUAGUGAGGAAUUUGAGCAAUGCUGGAUCAGCUUACCGCAAUAGAAAUCGUUCAGCCAGUCAGCAGCAGCAACAACAACAUCAACAACAUCAAGAUGGUAUGACACCUGCUGCCAUGGCGGUGAUGCAACAUGACAAACAAAUCAAGGACGACAGCAUGACCAAAGAUCUUAGCGCCAUCAAAGAUGAUAUUCAUCCUCCACCACAACAAGAUGGUGGUUUGUUGACUCAUUUACUUGCCAAAGCGGGUAAAGCAACGAGACGAUCCAAUACCACCAAGACCGUCAAUAUGCAGCAACAACGAUCAGCUGGGGGAUUACGACAACGUAGAGAUAAAACCAAAUCUCGAGUGAUACGACGUACAAUCAUUUAUGUGCCACCCGACUCUCUUAAUUUCAUGAAGAAUCUCAAUGGAUCAUUAUCAUCAUCAUCAGACAACAGCACCAACAACAACAUACCCAUGCCACCUUUGCCUCAAGAUAUGAUUGAUAAGAUACGACAAGUGGAUCAACGACGACGAUCUAAAGCUACCAGCGUAGCCACCAAUACACAACAACAGGAGAAUGCUGAUGGUGGAUACUAUGAUGAUGAAAGUCUUUAUGAUUAUUAUCAGGGAGGAGAUGACAAUAGUGAUACGCCACAGCUACAAGGAUUGGAGGUGCGAGAAAUGGAUGAUGGCACAGUGGAAUGGGGUAUCGUUAAGAAGCAAGGCAAUCGUAAGAGCUUUUAUGCACACGACAACACCGUGGAACAUAGCCGAGAGGAUGACGAAGAGGAUGGUAGCCAUGGUAUUGAGGAGCAUCUUCGUGAAUGGAUGAAAUUGAAUGCCCAGCAACAGCAACAGCAACAACCAUCGCACCAUGAGAGUGGAUCAUCGUUAUCGCCACCUCCUAUCCCAAGACGUUCUCCUCGACGACGGAUCGACAGCAGCGGAGAGGAUCAUCGACGUGCUAAACACAUUUCUACCAUUACGUCUUCCAAGGAUGCUUCCACCAUUGAUGUAUAUUUCGCACCACAACAAACACUUCCCAGCCUUUUACAAAUGAUUGCCGACUCGACAAAGGAACAAGAAUUAGCCAAAGAGCGUGAAAAACUAGAAUUGGAAAGAAUGAAACAAGCAUCAGUGGAGGACCAGCUCGAUGAAGUAAUGCGAUCCUUCCAACACACAGAGUAA